AUGGCAGUGCAGUUUGAAGCCUUCUGUGCAGGGGGCCUGGCCCCCGGCUGGAACCUACUCGUCCAGGGACAUGGUGACUCUGGAGAGGACAGGUCAGCAAUUCACUUCCUGUCGGAGACGGGGGACAUUGCCUUCCACGUCAAGCCCCGGUUCUCCAGCACCACCAUGGUGGGCAGUGCCUUCCAGGGCGGCCGCUGGGGCCUGGCGGAGCUGCCUAGCAUCUUCCCGCUGGCCCCGGGGGAGCCCUUUGAGGUGACAGGGGCCUGGCACUGAGGUCACCGGCCCCGGCCUGCCCAGAUAGAGGUCAGCUCGAACGCGGAGCAUUUCCACGUCUACGCCUGGGAGCACAAGGUGCUGCAGUCCCCACACCGCCAGAGGCCGCUGGGCACCAUCACCAGCGUGUGCGUGCUGAGUGACCACCUCUGGUCUAGGAAGGAGCUGGCCAAGAGAGGCCUGAGCUGGGGGUAA